AUUUCUUCGUUUUCAUGUCAUAAUUGUCCUUCAAAUGACUAAAAAUUUCCGACUUCUUAUCUAAAGUCUGCAUGAUAAUGUUAUUCCAAGUCGCAUAUAUGCGCAGUUUUAGUCUACCUAUUUAACAGUCAACUCCUAAGCGUUCAUUAACUUGUUUAUCGUUGAAUUAUUUUAUUUUCUCCUAUCACACAAACAACAAUGAAUUAACUUAAUAUAAUUAAAGCGUAUUAGUACAAAGGCUAAAUUUAUAAAUUAAAUUAUAUUUGGACGUUGUUUUAGUAAGAUAAAUGUGUCUUGGCUGUUAGUUAAUGUUUGAAUUAUAAAAGAGGUUCAAUUACAAGUAAAAUGGGUGAACAAGGAACGGAUUAUUCAUCAGAUAAUUGUAAUAGUGAAGGAGACCAUUUGCCAUCUGUUUUGAGUUUGAACAAUAAACAAUUAGACACAACAAGAUUGGAGGAAUAUUUAGAAGAAAUAGUGGUUAAUGAGCCGGAAAAUGUGCGAAAAAUCGAAGUUUUAAAAGCAACAAAUAAUUUACUUAGAUCUGUACCAAAGAAUAUUAAUCAUUUCACAAGUUUGCGAAAAUUAGAUAUAAGCGAUAAUCGGAUUACUUAUUUACCCGAUGUUUUUAAACAUUUACCUUUAACUUCUUUGAUUGCAAGAGGAAAUUUAUUAACUAAUAACUCAUUACCUAAAGUUUUUACAUCGAGUAAAUGGGUGAGAGAAAUUAAUUUUACUUCAAAUUUAUUUACUGGAUUUCCUGAACAAAUUUUGGUUUUUAAAAAUUUAAGAUAUUUAUAUUUAGGUUCAAAUAAAAUUUGUUCUGUUCCAAAUGCUAUAUCAAAACUUACUAAUUUAAGGCUGUUACAUAUUUACAACAAUUUAGUAGAAUCAAUUCCUGAAAGUAUAGCUAAUUUAAAACAUUUAAAAGCUUUAAGAUUGCACGACAACAACUUAAAAACGUUACCAAGGGAUAUAGUAACAUUGGACAAUUUAUUAUAUUUAAGUUUACGAGAUAAUCCAUUAGUAAAUCGAUUUAUAUCAGAUAUGACACACCAACCAACUAGCUUAAUGGAAUUAUCAGCACGAGCUGUUAAAUUGUUUAACAUUCCAGUCCAAGAAGGUGAAAUUCCAGCUACAUUAUCAGAAUAUUUGAGUACAGCUCAUCGAUGUGUUAACCCAAGAUGCAGAGGUGUAUUUUUUAACAAACGCGUUGAGCAUGUAAAAUUCGUCGAUUUUUGUGGGAAAUACAAAAUACCCUUAUUGCAAUAUUUAUGUUCGUCGAAAUGUAUAGAAGGCGAAGAAAAUGGUUUGGAAUUAACAAGUAAUUCUGAUAUGAUGAGAAAAGUGCUUUUGGGAUGAAUCAAUUUCUAAUAUUUUUUUAUUAUGUGUAAAUACAGGAAGGGGAAAAGUAAUAAUUACAUUUUUUUUAUGGC